CCAACCACCAAACCAGCAACAAGUGGCAUAAUGGACGUGGAGAGCCGUCACCCAUAAAUUUACACGACAGUUGGCUGUCCCUACCAAGUCAGCAGUUUUUCCGGUCCGAUCUUCUCCUUUUCUCUCUCUGCAUUCAGCUCCCCCGAACCUCCGUUUUCGGAUCUGUCUACUACUCUCGUUAAAUCGCAAUCUCAUUCUGCAAAAAUGGACUUCUUGGACUUUCUAUUAGAGAGGUCGUCGACACUAGGUCAACUUUUCAUUACCAUUAAUGUUGUCCUCAUUCUGGCGGCCCUCUAUCUCGAUUUCCGUCGUAAAGACGAGAAACCCGAACCCCCAGCCGGCUGCACCAGACUCGGCAUCGAAGAGCGCCAAUCCAACUUGAGAGAUCAGUUCGACAGCAAGUACAGCCGCGCAUCAUCAUCCGAUGACAGUGACGACUUCAAGGUCAAGGCGCUCUGCGUCUAUCCCAUCAAGAGCUGUGCCCCCGUGGAACUCGGCACUGGCGAAAUCGUCCGUACGGGUAUGAAGUAUGAUCGCCAGUUCGCCUUUGCGCAACUCACCAGUUCCGUUGCGCAAGACGGAAGCUGGAACAUCAACCACCAAUGGACCUUUGUCACCCAGCGACAGUCAGCGGAGAUGGCCAAAGUCCGGGCGGAGCUGUGGGUGCCGGAUCCUUCCUCGCCCACGUACUCGCCGGACGCGGAAUAUGUCAAGAGCGAGGGCUGCAUUGUGGUGUCCUUUCCUUACACCGAGGACAAGCCUGGUUUUAUCGACGCGGUGGAGAGAUUGGGCUAUUACAUCCGCGCGAAGUUGUUCAGGCUGCCCGGCGUUGACAUCAAUGGUCCAAGGAUAUCGUUCUGCAUCCCGUUCAACCCAUCGGAAGACCGAAUCAAGGCCAAGAAGUACCCACGCGAGAAGAUGAAGAUCUGGAACGAGUACCCGGAAGCUCUGAACAUGGGCAGCGAGAUCCCCUCGGAAAUGAACGCGAAACUCAAGUAUGCGCUGGGCAUUUCGAACCAGCUUACUAUCUUCCGCGUCGACCCUGAGCGCUACCGUGACGUCUUCCGCUGUGCGCCCAGGAAGGGUGCUGAAGUUGAUUACCAGCCAGUUGUUGGAUUGGCUGACGCCUAUCCUCUCCAUAUCUUGAACCUUGCAAGUAUACAUGACGUAGCUUCUCGCCUGCCAAAGAAGACAAAGCUUGAUGCCAUUCGGUUCAGAGCCAACAUAUACAUAACCGGCCCAGCGCCCUACGCUGAAGACGCCUGGAAGCGCAUCCGGAUUGGCACACAGCAAUACCACGUUAGCUGCCGGACGGCGCGCUGCACGAUGCCCAACGUGGACCCGACGACGGGGGCGCGCGACCGGCGCGAGCCCUACACCACCAUGGCCGAGUUCCGGCGCAUCGACCCCGGCGCGGGCAAGUUCCCGUGUCUGGGCAUGCAGAUGGUGCCGCUGAGCGGGGAGGCGGGCGAGAUUUGCGUCGGCGACGAGGUCGGCGUCGAGGAAACGGGCGAGCAUUGCUAUAUCCCGCAGGGGUCGGCGGCGUCGUUGUAGUUGUAGGAGAAAGAGGGUGAUGGCUGGGGUGGGGUGAGGUGGAUUUAGUGUGGGGGUUGUAGAGGUUUGUUUUGGGGUUUAUACUGGCUGCGUAGAUGGUUUGUUGACCGCAAUAUUAACUGUUAAUCUUAGACGUGGGAGC